ACAUUAUUACGCGCGAUUGGCGUCCACGCGUCCUUAGUCGAAAGCAAAACACCGUUCAGUAAAACUGAAGCUUCUUGCUAGACGCACUCGCUAACAUUUCCAUCAAGAGGAAGAACUGCGUUUUCUUUCUGCCGCCGAAGAGAGGGAGAGAUAGCAGCUACGUGAGACGCUCACGUCACAGCGACCAUCAUCCUCUCGACGCCGCUUCUUCAGCUCGCAGCACACUAACUACGAGAACUCGUUGAUCAGCAACGAAUGCACAUUGCUGCAUCGGCAUUGAAGCGUCGCCGAUUCUUUCUUCCUGUAAGGGCACGCCGUGGCUUAAAAUAGACCGAGAAAGAGAGCGAAAGGGAGAGAAGGACAGGAAGAAGCCAAGAGGCGGGCGAGACGGCAGGCUGCGAGAGAGAGAGAGAGAGAGAGAGAAAGAGAGAGCAACAACAGGUUUAACGUCGAGCCGCCGAUAAGCGGGGAAAAUUAGCGACAGGAUUUCUUCACACGGCGAGCGGCGUUCCGACUCACUAACGCGACAGCAGAUCGUCGAUCCUCUUCCUCCGUGCGGAGAAAUUCCAAAAUUUUGCCCGCGGGAAGAAGAGAGUAGUGAUGCCCAAGUCGCGCGUGAGUCGUCGAUGAGAAACGCGCAACGGGUCGCCGUUAAUUAACGCCUGCCACCUGUUGAUAAGAGAGCAACAAUGGAUCUCGUCUACAUGCCAGAGGUGUUCAUUUACGGAUCCUUCAGGAGCCCACAAUACCGCGACUACGAGCUGUCCUGGAACAAGGAGUAUCUCCAUAAUAGAAAGUCAAGCCAGACCCAAUGGCAACGAUAUCCUUCGGAACAACCCGAGCAAGUAACGAAAGAGACCUGUCACUUGUGUCGAGAAACGAAAAGGAGAAGUUUAGCAGCUUACAUAAGAAGUAAAUCGCGCAGCGAUUCCAAUAACGGAAUCCACGAAGAAGAAGAGGAGGAGGAGGAGCAAGAAGAAAAGGUAACAGCAGGAAAGGGAAGAGAUGAAGUGGUUGAUAAGAAAGCGAUAAAUGUCGAACAAAAUAAAUCGGCGAAAGCAUCCGCGCAGGAUCGAAAGUAAUUUCCUUAAAAAGGGAGAAUUAGUUUUUAAGAAGCAUUACGUAUAAGAGUAUGCGCAGACAAGGAAUACUUUAACUUUAGUAUCGAGUAACUUAGAAUUUAAUUAACAUUUUGCGUUUCACCAUCAUUGAAACUACCUCUGUUACCGAAAAGUACCGAAGGUACGUGUCAGUAAAAAAGAAUAGAGUUUCUUUCGUAAUGUUCUGUUUUACAGUCUUACGGUUGCGCACGCUGUACUGUUGCAAAGAGGAUCCCAUUACCCUUGCUUCUUUUAAAAGAGAAUAAUUAUUUUAUGAACAAAAAAAAGAUGAAACGCGCCUUUAAAAAUGUGGAUCAAAUGAAUCUGAUGAGUACAAAUAUAAUCAAGAUUUACACUGAAAGUGUAUCGUUCUAAGCGAACAUUAAAUCAUUGCGAUUGCUACCAAAAUUACAUCAUUAGGAUAAAAGUAUAUAUGCACAUAAAAUAUCGCCAUAUUUGAAAGUACAAAUUCCGAUUGUCGAAACAAUUGUUUUUGUUCUCACGGAUUCAUUGAGACUAGUAUUGUCGAAAGUCAAUCGCGACAAAAGUAUUUAUAUCGUCUAAAUGCACAAUGUACAAUUUACGCGCAAUAAUAUAUAUACAUAUAUAUUUAAAUAUAUUUUUUUAAUAGCAUGCAUAUUGUGUUAAAGCGAUGUUGAAAUAAUUUUUAUAACGAAAAAUAUAAUAGCGUGUAUGCGCUUAGAUAUUUUCCGGUGAAAAUUAUUUUUAAGACAUGCCUAAUGUACAAAAACACAUGCCGGGUACGCUUUAUAGACAAAUAAGAAGCUUUACCGUUAAUUUUACUUGCGUCCUAGUCGUUAAAUAAAUGUCUCCAUUAAAUAAUAAUGUAAAUACGCUCCAACACGAAGAGAUGGGAAAAUAUCCGAAUUUGAAAAGAUGUAUUUGGUUAUGAAAUUUUCGUUUUUACAUCCAUGAAAUGUCUGUUUUUACAAAAAAAGACUGUUUACUACGAUAUCAGGUAAAUGUAAAAAAAUCGUAUCAAUACAUGCGUUGUGCAAAUUACUUAGAAGAGCAUAUGAUUAUAACUAAAAUUUUUAGAUUUUACCUGUCUGUAUCAUAUGAUGAAUGUAAAAGUAAAAGAGCCAUAGUAAACAGUCAGAAAAAAGCCGCAAAUGCCGAGCGAAAUAAACCGUGAGAGCAUUUCGCGACAAGGAGGAGCGAAAAUAAUUGUUUCGAUGAAAGAAAAAUUCUAUCUAAGAAGCAUUACGUAUAAAUACAUACAUAAAGCUAACUUGAGUAAUUUUAAUUAAUUUUUCGUUUCACCACCAUUGGAUCUACUUCUCAAUUUAAAAGUCAGACAUUUCGUUAUAACGAAUAAUUCACGAUUCAAUAUAACGAAUGUUUUAUAAUUCAUUGCUUGAUGUACACUACAUAAGACUGAAUACAUGAUUGUAUAUUAUAAGAUGUAUAGUUAAGAUAGUCUAAAUAUAUCUAACAUCGCGCGAAAUCGCACUCUAUAAGAUAGUGUACUUUGAUCCCAGAGGUAAUAUUAUCAUUGAAAACACGGUUAUAAAUAUUGUAAACAAAUAUCAGGUAAAAAUUAAGUUGUUAUGCUUAUUUUGUUGCAUUAUGAUGUAAUAUUAUUAGUAAUUAAGAUAUUCAGGUUAUUGUAUCAUCAUAUACCAUGUAACACGAAGCAUGUUAUUUUCAUAAUUUUUGCUUUAUAUGCUUGUAUUUGGGUAAUACUGUAGUUGUUUGGAAAUAUUAAACAAAAGAAACAGGUGUUUAAUAAUGAUAAUAUAAGUUUAAAAUAUA